AUGCAAGAAGGUAGGAUUAAGUUUCAUUCUGGCUUUGAACAGUAUCUGCGAGAAGGCGGAGCUGGCGAGAAUAAAAUUGCAAGACAUAAAACUUUUUCCUCCUCUAAAGCAGAUCCCGAAGCUGGUCCAGGUCCUAGAACACAAAUACAUAGAGAGCAAAAAAAGAAAUUAGUUUUAACUAUAAAUGAACUAAUAAAAUGGUUAUCAAAACCAGAAAUAAAAAAUAACAAAAAAAUUAGAUCCAAAUUAGUUCCUAAAACAGAUAAAGAAUGGUUUGAUCUAAUGGAAUCAAAUAUUAGUGAACCUAGUAAUCCAGAACCUCAAGCUUAUUAUUUUCUAGAUUUGAAUAUAGAAGUACCUUGGCCCAUCCUAUUUUCAGAAAAUGAAGAGCAUCAUGAAGUAUGGCAAAAUGGCAUUCAAUAUGCAAAAGAUAUGUUUAAAAAAACGAAACCAGGAUUUUGGAUAGAAAUAGAUGAAAAAUUUUUGGUUAGAGAAAUCAGUGAGCAAUCUGAGGUAGGGAAGCUUGACAGUAAUACAGUAGUCUAUGGAUUAUAUCGAAUCCGAAAGCCAGAUGUCAAUCGAUUAAUACCUAUGAAAGAUGGAGCAUUUAACUGUGUAGCUCAACGAGUAAUAAAGCAUUUUGAUAACACUAAGCGAGGGCAUGAAUUCACAGAAAUUCGUCAGCAAAAAAUAAAUGAUUGGGAGAAAAAAAUGCACAUUCUAGGUGCUCGAGUACAAGAUGUAGCAGA